UGGGGGCACCUAUAUAAGUGUAACGCGCGUGGGGGCAGGGGGGCUUGAUUUUGGGGAGACCGCUGCAUCAUAGGAACCGUACAUGGGGGGAACUUAUAUAUAUAUGUAUAUAUAUGUGAGUGAGACACACGUAUGUCUUUGUGGGGGUCCUAGUUUUAGGGAGACGCAUAGCGUUGGGGGGGACCUAUAUAGGUGUGACACACGGGCCAUCCUGAUUUGGGGAGACAGCUGUAUCAUAGGAACUUCCUAGCACUGGGGGCACCCCCAUAGGCAUGACACAUGUAUGUGGAGGAUUGCGGGGGGCUGUUUUUGAGGUGACGCACCCUGCAUUGAUGGGGCUGGUGUCCGAGGUCUUUCCAGAGAGACAGACGGGACAGACCCAUGGGUGGGGGGGACCCCUUUUAGGGAGACACUGGAGGGGGCAGGUCAGCAGGCUGAUACUGGGGUAAUGCCCAUAGCAGUAAGUGUCCAGGGGCUGGAUUUUCAGGGGCUGGGAGCAUAUUGGUGUGACACCAACCAACCCACAGGGGACCCAUAUUUGUGUGACACACAGGAGGCAAAAGGUGCUGGGCUUUCUGCGGGGGGAUCUAUAUUGGGGUGACACAUGCAUGGGGGGAUAUGAGUGUGACAUGAGGGGGGGAUGUGCAGUGGGGCAGCUCCCCCCUCCAGGGUGUGACACAGUAAUAGUGGUUCGUGUGGGUGUCUGCUACCCCAGUAGCGGUUCCAGGGGUGUGUUACACCAAUAAAAGUCCUCUGGUCACCCCAGGGGGACUGGGGUCACCCCAGUAUGGUCUCCCCUUUUGGGUGGCACCCCAGUAGGGGUCCCCUGCAUAUCUCAUACCCCAAUAAUAGUUGGUAGCGGUGCGUAACAAAUGACAGUCCCCAGGGAGGUAUGUGCCACCCCAAUAUGGGCCCCCGCCUUUGGGUGUGUCACCCCAAUAGCAGUCCCCUGUGUGUCUGUUACCCCCAUAAGGGUUCUCACGUGUGUCACACCGAUUAGAGUCCCCCAGAGCUAGAUCUGUGCCAUUCUCAAAAAGGAUCCCACCCCACGUGUCACCCCAGUAUAGCCCCCACCCACCUGUGUCACCCCAACAUGGGUUCCCUAUGGUGUCACUUCAUCACGAGUCUUCCUGUCACCCCCCGAUAUAGCUCCCAUCGCGUGUCACCCCAGUACUGGUCACCCCACAAUGGGUUCCCGUGAUGGAGAGGGGUUGGGGACCCCAUGGGGGGGGGGGGGGUCAGGAGGCUGCAGGGGGAGCAGGAUUUGCUGUUCCCAGCGGCUGGAGCUGGGGUUUGGAGUGGCUCAGGUGUGCAGGGGGUGGGGCUUGGCGGUGGCCCUGCCCCCUCCGCACCUGGGGUUGGAAUCGGGAAGUCAACAGCCUCCCUCCACCGCAGCUGCUGCAGGGAAGCCACGCGUCCAGCUCAGCUAAGCCCCCCGCCCCCCGUAUCUCACCCCCCCAGCUGCCCCCUCCCCUAUCAGCCAGGGGCAAACCCCAAGCUUCAAACCCCCCCCCCUCCCAGUCCGAAGAGCCCAGGCAUCUGGGUCCCCUACCCCCCCCCCCCCCCCGGAAGGAACCCAGGUGUCCUACCCCCCCCCCCAAUCCCCUCCCCAUUGGUCAGGGAAGGAACCCAGGGGUCCGGGCACCCUACAGCCUCCCUCCCUCUCCCCCUCAGCCAGGUAGAACCCAGGCACCUGGCCCCGGCCCCCCUCCAAAGUCCGGGAAGGACCCCGGGCGUCUGGGCACCCCCUACCAUGGCCUUGUGGGAGGAUGGGGAGGAGGGGGGGGCGCCAGGGGGGGAGCCAGGGGGAGGGCCACGGCUCGCACGGGUGGAACGGGACCUGGCGCUGGCGGCAGAGCUGGGGCAGCUGCUGCUGGCGGCCAACGAGGAGCUGCGGCGCCAGCAGGAGGCACAGGACCACGACCACGCCCAGGCCCUGGAGCGGCUGGAGCGGGAGAACCAGGAGCUGAGGGUGGCGCUGGCAGCAGCACGGGCAGAGGGGGAGGGGCGGGCAGCCGAGCUGGAGGCGGAGCUGGCAGUGCUCCAGGCCCCACCCCGCCGGCCAAGCCCUGCCCCCGCCCUUGACCCCGCCCCCCUGGAGUGGGCAGAGCAGAACCAGCGCCUGGCGGAGGAGCUGCAGGAGGCGCUGGAGCGGGAGCGGGGGCUCCGGGCGGAGCUGGCGUCUCUGCGGGAGGAGACGCGGGCGCAGGGGCGGAGCCAGGCCGAGCUGGAGGCCGCGGCCCAGAGCCUGAGUGCAGAGAUAGCAGCGCUGCGGGCCCGGGUGGGGGCACUGGAGCAGGAGGCGCGGGAGCUGCGGGCCGAGGCAGAGGCGGCGCAGGGGCAGGCGGAAGCAGCACAUGGCCAUGGCCUCGUGCUGCGCCGGGAGCUGCACGAGAAGGAGCUCGAGGCUGAAUCAUUGAGGGCAGAGGCGGAGGAGCUGCGUGGGGCAAACCGACGGCUCCGGCGCCGAAUCCGGGCUGUCUCCGAGGAGCUGCAGUUCCAGUCAGCCGAUAAUGGCGUCUCCCUGAAGGCCGAGCUGGAGGGGACCCAGGGCCCCGAGCAUCCCAAGGCUCCGGCACGGGACAGGUCUGAGGCGCUGCCCCAGGAUGCACUGGAGGAGAAGGAAGUGGAGAUCGAGCGGCUCCAAGAUGAGCUGGCUGUGCAGCAGGGGGUGCUGCAGGCGGUACGGGAGGAGCUGGGGGCACAGCGGCGCCUCCUGCAGGAGAGGGACGGGGAUGCGGCACUGAGGCAGGCACUGGCCCAACGCAACACUGCCAUCGACAGGCAGGGGGUGCUGGCGGAGACGCUGGAGCGGGUGACGCGGGAGCGCGAUGCCCUGAGCCGCCAGGUCCUGGCUGCCGCCCACCAGAAGUGGGCGCUGUCCCGGGAGCUGGAGGCCUGGCAGGACGACAUGCAGUUUGUGAUUCACCGGCAGCUCCAGGCCCAGUGGCAGCAGGAGGCCGGGGCCCCGCCCCCUGUGCGCCGCGGCAACAGCGCCCCCCAUGGCGGCCACUUCCUGUCCUUCUUCCGUCGCAGCUGACAGGCCAGGGAGCCGAUAGGAGCCGGGAGCUGGGGCGCUGAAGGUUCACUUCGGCCUAACCCGUGGGCUCACUGCCCUCACUCUAGGCCUGGCUUUGGCCUGCCAGUGCCUCUGGGUCUCUUUCCCAUACCAAUGUUCUAGGUCCACCAUGGGUUCUAGGUCACUCAAUGCCCACUCUAGGCCUGGCUUUGGCUUCAGUGCCUGUACGCUAGGCCUGGGUUUGGCCUACCACACUCUCCCUCCCGUAAGCCUCUGGGUCGCAUCUCUCUCUUGGUGGCUCACUAUGAUGUUCUAGGUGUUUCUACCAUGGGUUCUAGGUCACUCAAGGCUCACUCUAUACUUGGCUUUGGCCUAUGUCUCACCUACAAGCCCCUCCCUCUGCUCCUGGGCCGGACGCCUGGGUUCCCUGGGAGGGGAGUGGGGCCUGGGUUCCCUCCCGUGUACAUGCUCUGUGCCUCCGUUUCCCUCAAUUCAAUUAAAACCAUCUUUAUUCCCAA